AUGUCGCUUGCAGUGCCGCCUCCGGGCUACGACCUGGAUGAUCCAAACGCCCAGCACGACUUCGUUGCCAAGGACCUGGCGAAUGCGAAUCGACUGCCGGAGGCCAUUGAGAGCUUCAAGGCGGCAGCCAGGUUUGUCGGUGAUCACGUGUCCUUUGCGAACCUCGGCGUCGCUUUCAUGCGCAACAAGGACUUUGGGCUGGCGUUGAGAGCCUU